UCUUGGUAUUAUCUCUGGGAAAUCUCCCAGAUAUUAUCGUUUUUUGUUCCGAUAGCGGACUGCAAAUGUGCGAAGAUAAUCGGACAUCUGGAAGCGGUCCGCUGGCAGCUGCAGCCACGCGACUACCGGCCGGCGGCGGGCGCGCUGGCGCUGGGCGACUGGACGCGCGACCACCACGUGUGGCUGCACUACGUGCCCAGCGCUGAAGGCUUGCUUCCCGACGACGACGUGCUGCGAAGUACGGACACGCGGUACUGGAGCAUCCACGACGUGCAGCGCUACUCCGAGCUGAUGCUGCACUGCGAGAGCGUUCUGUUCACGUGCCAGUACCCCACGCUGCGCAUGCCCUCGCGCCUCGGCGCGCACUUCUGGAGCUCCAACACGGCGCUCAAGCUGCCUUCUACACUUUAUAUGAAAGAGUUCCAUAGAGCCAUGGAAACUACCUUAAUGAAAAUGGAAUCUGAAGAUGCACAAAUGGAUCGUCUUAUUAUCUCGGAUCAAAUAGUCAAUGUUAACUAUCUUGAUUAUUUUAAGAGAAAAACUUUUUUUCGCCUGCUUAAUAACAUCAUAAGUUUGCAGGAGCAGCUGCAGCUGGUGUCGCUGGAGAACCUGUGCUGCUCGCGGCUGGAGGGCGCGCGGCUGCUACAGCAGCUGGCCUGCUUCACCGCGCACUCGCUCAAGUACCUGUUCCUGUGGCGCUUCGUGCUGCCCAACGAGAACCCUAUCCUUAUCAAUUACACUUACAUCACUGGAAGCGGGCAGUACAUCCCCCGGCCGGAGACGCGGCGUUGCUUCCUGCGCAGCCUGGGCGAGCUGCGCAACCUGCGCCUGCUGGCGCUGGAGUACGCGCACCUGGCCGACGCCACGGGCGGUGCGCUCAUCUCGCUCAUCACCGUGCUCAAAAGACCAAAUAUGCGGUUACAGUUGAUGUGCCGAGAAGACCAGAUUCCCGGGCGCGCAGACCAGUCCCUGGGUGCCGGUGGCUACGUCAUCCCCGACCUGGCUUGGAGGCGGGUCGCCACCACCUGUCCGGAUCUCUACCUGCUCAUGGCUUUCUACCGCGUUCGUGACUACGACAACAUCCGGCGGUUCCUAUCUCCGAGCAUCCCGCUCCGCGAAGCGCACUUUCAGCUCGGAAUAGACCUGACGCAGACCCAGAGACAAGACUCUGACGUGAGCUGCAUAGUGCGCCAUCUUGCCUACAAUUAUGCAAGCACUCUAGCGGCCCUGAGCAUCCACCAGUGGCGUUUCGCGGUGUUCCCGCUGCGACGCGUAUUCGAGCUGAUGCCGCGGCUGGUGCGGUUCUUUUACGUGGGGCGCGUGCAAGAUGAAGUCGACCUCAAGCGAAUGCUGCACAUCAUUGCAUGCGGAGUUUGCGACAAAUUGAAACAUCUGAAAAUACAAAUUCAAGAUGAAAUAGAGAAGCGCGAUUAUUGGAAAAAUGUAAUCGAAAAUAUUUUGGAAGAAUAUAAGGAUAUAAUGACAGUUUUAGAAAUUAGAUUUGAACUAGAAAUUUAUAAAAGUUAA